AUGGAUACUGCAUAUGACUUUGUCGUUAUUGGCGGCGGUACAGCUGGCCUGGUGCUUGCUUCUCGACUCAGCGAGGACCCCAGCAUCUCUGUCCUGGUUCUUGAAGCAGGCGCCGACCUGACAGCAGAUCCUCGCGUGAACAUUCCCAUAUUUUAUGCUGCACUGCUUGGAUCUGAUGCUGAUUGGAAAUUCCAAUCUUCCCCUCAGCCGGGCCUCAAUGGAAGAGUGCUUGGUCUCAACCAGGGCAAAGCACUUGGAGGAUCCAGUUCAUUGAAUGCACACGUGUUUGUUCCUCCUUUCAAAGGAGCUGUUGACGCAUGGGAGGAACUCGGUAACCCUGGAUGGAAUUGGUCUAAGUUAAAGGACUAUUUCUCUAAGGUCUAUAGCAGUCCGACUGUAGCACAGGAUGCGAAAGAAAAUCUGGCAAUUGAGGACUGGCCUGGAUUGAACGAAGCGAAAGGUCCAAUCCAAACAUCUUUUGGUAACAAGACACACCCUAUUCGCAGGGCAUGGGCCGAACUGUUCCGCAGCAGUGAGCAACACAAUGCCGGGGAUCCGUUCAUCCACAGCUCUGUAGGCUCAUUCAGUUGUCUUGCUAGUAUUGACUCGGAGGGUAAGAGAAGCAACUCUGCCUCGGCCUAUUAUAAGCCUGCUGAGUCUCGACAAAAUCUUCAUGUUCUUACGAACUCAUUCGUUGAGAGAGUUCUGUUCGAUGAAAGCAAGCCUCCCAGAGCUAUUGGAGUCCAAUACAAUCUCGAUGGUGUCUCAAAGGCUGUCCAGGCAAAGAGUGAAGUUAUACUCGCUGCUGGCGCUUUCCAAUCUCCUAAAAUCCUCCAACUUUCAGGAGUUGGUAGAGCAGAACUUCUUGAACAGCAUGGCAUCGAUAUAGUCAUGGACCUUCCUGGAGUUGGGCAGAAUCUUCAGGAGCCUGAAGCCAUUAGUCAGGCAAUGCAGGAAUACGCUGCCACGCAAUCCGGGCCCCUAGCGUCACUCGGAGUUCACACCUACGCCUAUUUGCCUCUUCCUGAACCGGACAGAAGUGCUCUCCAGACAUUAUUUACGAACGACGCCCCUGAGAGCUCACAGCACAGGGCGACACAAGCCUAUUAUGACAUCGCCAAGACCACUGUUCUUGAUCCCAGGCAACCAUCAGCUGCGUACCUGUCCGCCUUAGGGCAGACGAAUUAUCCCAAAGACCUCAAGGACGGGACUAUUCCAGCUGCUUCGCUUGGAAAGUUCGUCACGCUCGGAGUAAUGCUCUCUCAACCGCUUUCCCGCGGGAGCGUUCAUAUAGAUUGUGAGGUAUUCUUUACUCCUGAUUCUUCACAUUUCACAUGCUACCUUCCAAUACCCCCCGAGCCCUCGAAAAACCGUAAAUCCAUCAAAUCUGACGAAAAGAACUCAAGUACCUGCAACAACCCUGAAAAGCCACCAAUCAUUGAUUCUGGGUACCUGUCGAAUCCUCUCGAUCUGGAAGUCAUGGCACGGCACAUGCUCCGUAUCAAGGAAUUGGCAGAGUCACCUCAGCUUGGGGAGCUGCUCGAACAGCCACUGAAGUUCCGAGACCCAGAUGCAGACUUCCAGGGAGACUUAGAUGCUGCCAGGAAGUAUGCUCGGGACAAUUUAGUCUCCAUGUGGCACUUUGCGGGGACCUGUUCCAUGCUGCCUCGUGAGAAGGACGGAGUGGUGGAUUCUCAUUUGAAGGUCUAUGGUAUCGAAGGCCUGAGGGUUGUGGAUGCGAGUGCUAUCCCGCUUAUAAGCACAGCGAAUCUGCAAGCCACUGUGUACGCAUUCGCGGAAAGAGCAGCAGACCUCAUCAAGCAGGAAUGGAAGAGCAAGUAA